AUGGCCGUCCUCUCCCCUGCAUCGGGCUCCCACCGCUUCAAGCGGCACCUUCCGGGUGGCAUUUCGACGCCUCCGCCUCCGCCCAAGAACAGGAGAGUCGGCGCUGCCGACGAGUGCUGGGACAUCUCCGACGAUCGGUGGCUGCGCUCCGUGCUCGCCGGCGAUCUGGCCGCAUCUUCGUCUCGGGGGACGACGACACCGAGCACGUCCUCGAUCACAACCCCUGCUGGCCGGGGGUUCAAGCUGGACGUGGGCGCCUCCUACCGGCCCAAGAAAGGACGGAACCCGCUGGGCGAGGACGCCCACUUCAUCAGCGACGCAGGAAACGCCUUCGGCGUCGCCGACGGGGUCGGUAGCUGGACCCGACGAGGGAUCGAUGCCGGCGAGUUCGCCCGGCAGCUCAUGUCCGCGUGCAAGGCCCAGAUCAAGGAGCUCUCCCACUGUGGAAUCACCGGGAGCCUUCUGCAGGGGGUGCUGAAGAGCGCUCUCGCGGGGACGACCGCUAGGGGAACCUCCACGGCGUGCGUCGGGGCGGUGGACGGGCCGUUCCUCCGAGUUCUCAGCAUCGGCGACAGCGGAUUCAUGGUGCUGCGGGGGGGCGCCGUCGCCUACCACUCCCCUCCACAGCAUAAGGGCUUCAAUUUCCCCUAUCAGAUCGGCCGCGUCGACCCAGCAUAUCCGCUCGCCUGCGCGAAGAGCUUCACGGUGCAGCUCGCGCCGGGCGACGUCGUCGUGGCGGCAACGGACGGGCUCUUCGACAACCUGUUCGACGAGGAUAUCGCCGCCCUGGUGACGAGAAUGCGAGCGGAGCGCCCCCGCAGAACCGCAGACGAGAUGGCCCGCGCCUUGGCGGCGGCCGCCGUAACUGCCUACACCAGAAGUGAAGAUACGCCCUUCGCGGCCGCCAGCCGGGCGGCGGGGCUCCUUCCGGGGACCGGCGGGAAGCCCGACGACGUGACGGCCGUCGUCGUGACGGUCUGCUCCUCGAAUUUUCCCGCCCACCUUCCGCUUCCCCAACGAGCAUCAUCAUCGUAG